CGGGACAAGUGAGCAAGUGCUCUUAAAAAGGACUAGAACAUGGAUCACAGUGAAACGCAAGCACGAUGACGGUUCUCAUCACUGGUGGUAAAGAAAAAACUGCUUCCUGCCUUACGCGCCUCCUGAAAGACAGAAGUAAACUAUUCCGCUAAAGAUCCUAUAGACGAGUUUCCCAGCCGUCGAUUCGAUUGGCUGGACACUGGGAUAUGCAAUACCAUGGUCAAAAGCAGAGGAAUGGAUAUGGUACUUUCGAUGAAAGUGUUCAGAAUCACAGAUUAGAUUGUCGAGGGAAGGGAAGACUGUUGAGCACGAGCAUCAUAGAACCAGGAGGUCCUGCAGCUGGUAAAGUCCAUGAGUAUCUUGUUAGGAUAGAAGUUGAUUAUUGUGUGCUCCGACCAGAAAAACUCUCCGGGCAAGAACUCCGUACAGUCACCACACAGAUAUCGGCACGAACAUCGCCUUCAUUGCCCUGUGUAUGAUAUUCUUGUCCUUUCAGUACCCCUUCUCACAGGUAAUCUUUCACUAAAUAAUGCAAGCUGUACAUUGAACAGGAUAACGACAAAAAAGUAGAAUAGAUGUCUUCGUCAUGGUUUUAC